AUGACGUCACAGAAGCCGUUUAGCAAAGUCCCAGAGGGCGCGACACAGCAGCCGACGCCAUUUGAACUGCAUGUUGACGAGCAGAAGUUGCAGGAUAUGAAGACGCUGUUGAGAUUGAGUCCGGUGGCCAAGGAGACGUAUGAGAAUUUGCAGGAUGAUGGGAGUCAUGGGAGGUUUGGGGUUAGUCGGAGGUGGAUUGCUGAUGCGAAGAAGGUGUGGGAGGAGGAGUUUGACUGGCGCAAAGAAGAGGAGCAUAUCAACUCCUUGCCCAAUUUCAAAACCAAGAUUACUGACGAUGAUGGCGGCGUGUUCAAUGUUCAUUUUGCCGCGCUAUUUUCUUCUAAUCCCAAAGCGAUCCCCAUCGCCUUCUUCCAUGGUUGGCCAGGCUCUUUUCUCGAAUUCAUCCCACUGAUGGAUCUCGUCCGCAAAAAGUACACGCCAGAGACCCUCCCCUACCACAUCAUCGCCCCAUCUCUUCCCGGAUAUGCCCUCUCAUCCGACCCUCCCCUUGAUCGAGACUGGAACACGGCCGACACAUCCCGCAUCAUGCACAAGAUGCUCCUCAGCCUGGGUUUCAGCACCAGCGGCUACCUCGCCCAGGGCGGCGACAUUGGCUCCUUUGUUGCCCGCGAACUCGCCGCCACAUACCCCGAAUGCAAAGGCAUGCACCUCAACUUCAUGUACAUGCGAGACAUAACCUUAAAGGCCUCGGACACCGACACCCUCACCGAGCAAGAAAAGCACGGCGUCCAACGCAUGACCGACUUUCGAACCCUCAACAGCGCCUACGCUUUCGAACACGGCACCAAGCCCUCCACCAUCGGUCUCGUACUCUCUUCCUCCCCCUUGGCCCACCUAGCCUGGAUCGGCGAGAAAUUCCUCGCCUGGAGCGAUCCCAGUACUACGCCCCCGCUCACGACCAUCCUCGCACAUGUCACCCUGUACUGGCUGACCGGCUGCUAUCCCACGAGCAUCUACACCUACCGCGAGACCAAGGAGACGAAAUUCGUCCAAAAGCCGGUCGGAUACAGUUAUUUUCCGUUUGAGCUUGCGCCGGUGCCGCGGGCGUGGGCGGAGAAAACGGGGAACAUGGUCUUUUUCAAGGCGUAUGAUAAGGGUGGGCAUUUUGCUGCGUUGGAGAGGCCAGAGGUGCUCUGGCAGGAUGUGGAGGAGUUUGUGCAGGUGGCUUGGAAGCGGGGGGGUUAG